AUGAUGGAGUAUGAGGACUUCACCAGCUUGGCUGGGUACCGGAACCCCUCUGACAGUUACCAGUUCAGUCCUGCUAGUGUCAUUGUCCCUGUGGUUUUCUCCCUCAUCUUUCUCCUGGGCACAGUGGGCAAUAGCCUGGUGCUGGCAGUGCUGCUGCGCAAUAGGCAAAUGGGCCACAACACUACCAACCUCUUCAUCCUCAACCUCAGCCUGGCUGACUUCUUCUUCAUUGUCUUCUGCGUGCCUUUCCAGGCCACCAUCUACUGCCUUGAAGGCUGGGUCUUCGGCUCCUUCAUCUGCAAGGCUGUCCACUUUUUCAUCUACCUCACCAUGUAUGCCAGCAGCUUCACACUGGCUGCUGUCUCUGUGGACAGGUACCUGGCCAUCUGCUACCCGCUGCACUCCCGGGAGCUGCGGACCCCCUGCAAUGCCGUGGCUGCCAUGUCCGUGAUCUGGGGCCUCUCUGCGGUCUUUGCAGGCCCCUACCUAAGCUACUAUGACCUGAUCGAGUGGGAGGCCAGCUACAUCUGCAUGCCUGGCUGGGAGGAGUGGAGACGCAAGGUCAUGGACACCAGCACGUUUGCCUUCGGCUAUGUCAUCCCAGUGCUGGUCAUCAGCCUCUCCUACACCAGGACCAUCAAGUACCUGUGGACAGCAGUGGAACCCCUGGAGGACAUGUCAGAGUCCAAGAAGGCCAAACAGAAAGUAACCAAGAUGAUCAUCAUUGUAACCAUCCUUUUCUGCCUGUGCUGGCUGCCCUACCACGUAGUCAUCCUCCGAUACCUCUAUGGAGACUUCCCCUUCAACCAGGCCACCUACGCCUUCCGCCUGCUUUCCCACUGCAUGGCCUAUGCCAACUCCUGCCUCAACCCCAUCGUCUACGCCUUGGUCUCCAAGCACUUCCGUAAGGGCUUCAAAAAAGUCUUCAGCUGCCUCCUGAGGAAAAAGCACCGCAACAAGGUGCACGUGCUGCACGCUGCGCCUCGCUUCGAGGCAGUAUCGACAGAAGUGUUCCAGAUGCAUGGGGACAACAACCGCUGA